GUGCUUUUGAUUGCGAUGGUCAAAGCUCCUACGAAGCAGGCGUCGGUCGUCGGCGAUGUCGUCCGGAAGACGCUGAACCUGCCCAAGACGGACUUCCCCAUGCGUGCAAAUGCGACUGUGCGUGAGCCUCAGCUGCAUGCGAGGACGGUCACGGAGCUGUAUGCCACGCAAGAGAAACAGCGCAAGGGUGUGGCGCCAACGUUCUUUCUCCAUGACGGCCCUCCGUUUGCCAAUGGGUCGCUGCACACUGGCCACUUCCUCAACCGGGUCCUCAAGGACAUCAUCAACCGGUACAAGCUGCAACGCGGGUACCACGUGCACUACGUUCCAGGAUGGGAUUGCCAUGGACUGCCCAUUGAAAUCAAAGCUCUGGAGAAGCUCAAACUUCCUCGCGACAAGUUGGAUCCCAUCGACAUCCGAAAGCACUCGCGGGCACUGGCGCUGGAUGCCGUGGAAAGCCAGAAGAAGGACCUGAUGCGGUGGGGUGUGCUGGCCGACUGGAGCGGCGGCAAAGGCACGCGGUACCUGACAAUGGACCCCGACUACGAAGUCCGGCAGUACGACGUGUUCAAGUCGAUGGUCAAAGAUGGGCUCAUUGUCCAGGGGUACAAGCCCGUGUACUGGUCGCCGUCGUCUGGCACCGCCUUGGCCGAGUCCGAGCUCGAGUACCAAGAUGAUCAUGUGUCUUCCUCGGCAUACGUCCGGUUCCCCGUCAAGUCGGCAUCGGCGGCGUUGGCUGCUUUUCCGAAUAUUGCAGCGGUGAUCUGGACCACCACGCCAUGGACCAUCCCUGCGAAUCGGGGGCUGUGUGUGCGAUCCGACUUGGAGUAUGCGAUUGUAGAGGUAGCGCCAGGCCAGCUCGACUUGGUCGCAGUGGCUCUGGUGGACGAGUACAAGGCAACGCUGAAUCAACCAGUUCAGGCCGUCGCGACUGUGUGGGGCGCAGACCUCGUCGGCAGCAUCUUCAGCCACCCGCUGAAUGGCCAAGAUUCCAUCGUGUUGCUGGGCGACCACGUGACGACGGACGCGGGGACGGGCGUCGUACACACAGCACCGGCACACGGCCAGGAAGAUUACUUUGCGUGGAUGGCGCACCACGCCCAGCAUCACUCGGACAACACAAUCACGUGCUUGGUCGACGAAAAAGGGUGCUACACGGCCGAGGCUGGCGCCGACUUGGCUGGGCUGUUUGUGCAAACACAAGGCACGGCCAAAGUUCUGGAGCAACUAGCUCAAAGUGGUGCGCUUGUGUCUGUAUCCGAGAUUACGCACCGCUUUCCGUACGAUUGGCGCACCAAGAAACCCAUUUUGCUCCGUGCGACCAAGCAAUGGUUUGCCAAAUUGGACUCGUUGCAUGCCCUUGGCCAUCAAGCCCUGGAUAGCGUCAACAUGCACCCGAAAGCGUCACGCCGGCGCCUCGAAGCGACUUUGUCCAGUCGAAGUGAAUGGUGUAUUUCCCGGCAACGGGCGUGGGGUGUGCCUAUCCCAGUGUUUUACGACAAGGACACAUUGGAGCCCUUGCUGAAUGACACGACGAUUUCCCACGUCCAGAAGGUCAUGCUGGAACGUGGCGGCACGGACGCGUGGUGGACGCAGCCGCUGGCGACGCUGCUUGCGCCGGGGUUCGAUCCAGCGCAGUACGUCAAGGGCACCGACACGUUGGACGUGUGGUUCGACUCUGGGAGUUCGUGGUAUGCCGUGCUUCCUAAGGACACUGUGGCCGACGUGUACCUCGAAGGCUCGGACCAACAUCGCGGGUGGUUUCAAUCGUCGUUGCUUACGUCGUUGGCCGUGCAGCGCACGGCACCGUACAAGAACGUGAUCACGCACGGGUUCAUUCUGGACGAACGUGGCCAAAAGAUGUCGAAAUCGCUGGGGAAUGUGCUCGUGCCGCACGACAUCAUCGAAGGACACCCGAAGAAGAAGAUCCCCGCGUACGGCGUGGAUACGCUCCGGUACUGGGUCGCGUCCACGGAUUACACGAGCCAAGUGGGCAUCGGUCCCUCCACCAUGGUCAAGAUCAGCGACCAUGUUCGAAAAGUGCGCAACACGGCGCGGUUCCUUCUGGCCAACCUGAACGACUUCGACCCCCGCGUGGACGCCGUGGCGUACGACGACAUGACGUCGCUGGACCAGUAUAUGCUGCACUUGCUGCAUGAGCUCCAGGCCCAGAUCACCGACGGGUACGAGACAUUUGCGUUCAAUAAAGUGCAGCAGGCGUUGGCGCACUUUAUUGCGACGGACUUAUCUGCGUUCUACAUGGAAGCAUGCAAAGAUCGGUUGUAUUGCGAGGCGCCGACGGAUCCGUUCCGCCGGUCUGCGCAGACGGUGCUGGAUGCGGCCCUGCAGACGAUCACCACUGCCAUUGCCCCCGUGGUGUGCCACACAGCAGAGGACAUUCGACUGCAUCGCCUGGCGCAGUUCACGAACGCCAUGGUGAACGACGUGCCUGGAAGCGUCUUCUUGGACGGGUGGUUCAGUCCCAAGGUAAGCAUGCUUGAUGCAUGCAUGAGUAGAAUCUUGUUAAGGGGUGUUGUAGCCUGAAUGGCAUAACGCAGAAGUGGUGGCGACGUGGGAAGUACUUCGGUCGCUGCGAUUGCAGGUCAAUCGAACAGUGGAGCAGUUGCGUGAACAAGGAGCGAUCAAGACGACGAUGGAGUGCAACAUUGACAUUCAUGCUGAUGGUGAACUUGCAGCGAUCUUGAACCAAGUGAACCCGCGCAUUCUGGAAGACAUGUUGCUUUGCUCGGGGGUGACGUUGCAUGCAUUGGAUGCUACGACGACUGGCGAAACGACCCUAGUGCUGGAGAAGUUCCCCGUGAAGGUCGUGGUGCGGCCGGCUCAAGGUCACAAGUGCCCUCGGUGCUGGAAGUUCGCCAACGAAGUCAAUGAAGCUCAGGAAACGCUCUGUGCUCGAUGCGCGUCGGCCGUGGGGUGCUCUCGCAUCCAUGACCUGGUCGACAAGUGAACGCGCAUGCCGCCAAUUUGCUUUGUACUGCGCGCCUUAACAGUGUUAACUACUUCGAAGUACUAAAUCAUACUUUUUGA